AUGUCUUCAAUACCUGAUCAGGCCAUAGAGCCCGAUGCCGCCAUGUUUAAGCUCGCGCGGGAGACGAUCAUGAAGCGCUGGAUCGAGCAGAGCAUCUGGAACUCAAGCAUCUCAAUCUUCAUGCUCCGGCGUAAUAGAGAAGGUGAAGCCAAGACAGCCGAAGAGUGA